AUGAAUCGGCUGGGAUUGGCAACCGUCUUUGAGGACUCUGAUGAAUCUGAUGCAAACUCAAGACAAUUGGCGCCAAGGGAUCACCAGCUCUUUGGAAGGAGUCGGAAAGAGAAGAGUGAGAUGGCGGCAAUGGGGCUGGAACCGAAGAAAGCUGUCGAGGUUCCUUCCUUCCUUCAGAACAGUUUCCUAGGAAACAAGAAUAACAAGUUGACCUCCUCGUCUUCGUCGCAAAAUGCAUUCCUCAAUCCUCCCGCCUUCCUACAGCUCGGGCUUGAUAGAACAGACAAACCGCAACCUCCAGCGCCAUCGACGAUUCCAUUGAGAACGAGGGCUGGAUGGGGAAAAGGUUAUGGUGAAAUUAACCAGCGAGCGCUUGCCAAGCAUCUGAUGCAGCUCGGGCUCGAUCCCCUGCUGCUCGACAAGAAGGGUAGGACGGCAGCGAAGACGGCAGCAGACAGAGGAUAUGCCUGGCAUGCAGAGCUGGAGGGAGCGAGAGGAGGGGAAGAUACACAAGAGAACAUUCUCCGCAAGCCCUCGCUUGAGUCAAGUCUCCCUUCGCCCAACGGAAGCUCUCAGGCUUCUACAUCCAGCACAGUGGAGGCUGCAGGGAAGAGAUGCGUCAAAGUCGGGAAGGAGGAGCAGGAGGAGCAGGAGGAGCAUGAAAGCGAUUUUUCGUUGGACGAAGUCGCGAGCUCCCGGUGCAUCAGUGAGUUUGACUCUUACGAAUCCUCCGUGGAGAACUUCCAGAUGCUGCCUUCUUCCUUCAUGCAGGAGGAUAUGAGGGAAGAAACAAGAGGAGAGGAGGGAAAGAAACGAAAGGAGAGUGAGCAGCACGAGCAAGUCCAAAAGGUGGUGCGCAGAGACGAGGUAGUGCUAGCGACUGCGAGCAAGGAGGAGGAGGAGGAGGAGGAGGAGCACGUCGAAUUUUCUUCGAGUCUCUCGAGCAUAUUCUCCAAGUUUGGCGUUAGCAUGCAAGAUGCCUCAAGCCUGUCAGACGACGUGAACACUCCAUCAAAGGCGAUUGGAUCCUCUCCUGCUCCCUCGUUCUCCCCCUCCUCCUCCCCGGACAAGCUUCUUCCUCAUCUUGAUCAAACCCGGCAGAGCAGCGGCAGGCAUCUGCUUGCAGGGAGAGGAGAACAGCUUCCUUGCAUUGAAUGCUCCGUGAACGAGGAAGAAAUGCGAGAAGAAAAGAAAUCGGAGCAGACGAUCCAGGGGGAGGAAACGCGGCUGGAGGCUGAGAAGCUUGUACAAGAAGAGAGACCUCCGCCCUCUAUCGAGAUUGAGAGCGAGAGAGUAGGGAAGAUUCCUGCUUCCUCCUUGACCUCCAUGAGCACCAUCGCUUCUGAUCUGCUUCGCCCGCAGGAGUCGUCGCAACAGAAGGAUUUCAGCGGGACCAGAAACUUUGAACUCUAG